AUUUUUACCAAUCUACUUUUACCCUAUAUAUUUUCCAAAAAUGAUUUUUGCCUUUAAAAAACACCCCUAAAUUUCAAUUUCAGUCGAAGAAUAAAAAUAUGCCAUGGAAAAAUCAGUCCCCGUUUCCGUAGAUUGAGAAAAAUCGAAACCAAAAUCACUAUCACGCGCCUCCUCUUUCGACGUCUUCGAGCUUCUCCAAGUUUCUCUACAAACACCACAAGCAGAGAUGCCAGGGCCAACAAUGGAGGCAGAACUACCAGUGGAACCACAAUCAUUGAAGAAGCUUAGCUUUAAAACCCUAAAACGGGCUCUCGAUCUUUUUUCUCCUCUUCACUCUCAGUUUCCUCCUCCUGACCCCGAAAGCAAGAAGAUACGGAUGAGCCAUAAGCUACACGUUGAGUAUGGGGGAAUAAAAAGUGUGCCUAAUCAGCCUAUCAAGAGUUCCUCACAAAAUCAAGCUACACCUUCAAACUCAAAUGCUCUUGUUCUACCAGGCACUGAAAGUUCUAAGAAGAGUGGUGCUCAGAGUGAUUUAGCCAUUACUCCUGUUCAAUCAAAGAACCCAGGUGAUGGCAACUUGAGUGGCAGAAGUACUUCCAUCAUUCCUGCUCAUGGGACUUCAGAAAGUAGGAAUCUUUCAACUGCAGCCCUUAUGGAAAGAAUCCCUAGCAGGUGGCCACGUCCUGUAUGGCAUGCUCCAUGGAAGAACUACAGAGUGAUUAGUGGCCAUUUGGGAUGGGUGAGAUCUAUUGCAUUUGAUCCAAGUAAUCAGUGGUUCUGUACUGGAUCCGCAGAUCGAACAAUUAAGAUAUGGGAUGUGGGAUCUGGAAGGUUAAGACUCACACUAACAGGACACAUAGAACAAGUUCGAGGGCUUGCUGUUAGCAGUAGGCACACUUACAUGUUUUCAGCUGGUGAUGACAAACAAGUUAAAUGCUGGGACCUAGAACAGAACAAGGUUAUUCGUUCAUAUCAUGGGCAUUUAAGUGGUGUAUAUUGCCUUGCCCUUCAUCCCACUAUUGAUGUUCUACUUACUGGAGGCCGUGAUUCUGUUUGCCGGGUGUGGGAUAUUCGUAGCAAGAUGCAAAUCCAUGCUCUUUCUGGCCAUGAUAAUACAGUUUGCUCAGUUUUUACUCGACCUACAGAUCCUCAAGUUGUAACUGGCUCACAUGAUUCGACUAUAAAGUUUUGGGAUCUUAGAUAUGGUAAAACAAUGGCGACUCUUACACAUCACAAGAAAUCUGUGCGCGCAUUGGCCCAGCAUCCUAUUGAGGAUAGUUUUGCUUCUGCAUCAGCUGACAACAUAAAAAAAUUUAGCCUUCCAAGAGGAGAAUUUUUGCACAACAUGCUUUCCCAACAGAAGACAAUAAUUAAUGCAAUGACAGUCAAUGAAGAGGGUGUAUUAGCUACAGGAGGUGACAAUGGGAGUUUAUGGUUUUGGGAUUGGAAAAGUGGUCAUAGUUUCCAACAAUCUCAAACAAUUGUUCAACCAGGGUCAUUGGAUAGUGAGGCUGGAAUUUAUGCAUUAUCUUAUGAUAUGACCGGAUCAAGGCUGGUUACAUGUGAAGCAGACAAAACAAUUAAAAUGUGGAAAGAAGACGAAAAUGCCACUCCAGAAACUCACCCGGUCAACUUCAAACCCCCAAAAGAUAUCCAAGAACAAACAAGAAAAUUUCUUCAAGAAAAGGUUUUGUUUACAUUCAUCAACAUGGGUUCAUUUUGCACCAAGCUCAUUCCGUGUCUGGUUUCACCACACAAAGCUUCAAUUCUCGAGGACCCAAAUGGUGGGAAUGAAGAGGAAGCCGGAAACUUGCCUGCAUUUAAAGAAUUCAGUUUUGAGCAACUUAAAAAUGCAACAUCAGGUUUUGCAACUGAAAACAUCGUAUCUGAACAUGGUGAAAAGGCUCCAAAUGUCGUCUACAAAGGGAAGCUUGAAAAUCAAGUGAGGAUAGCUGUUAAAAGGUUUAACAGAUCCGCUUGGCCUGAUUCCCGACAAUUUAUGGAAGAAGCAAAAUUGGUUGGUCAAUUGCGUAACGCGAGGCUAGCAAAUCUUCUUGGUUGUUGUUGUGAACAUGAUGAACGACUUCUUGUAGCCGAAUAUUUGCCCAAUAAUACACUCGCCAAACAUCUUUUUCACUGGGAAUCACAGCCGAUGAAAUGGGCAAUGAGGUUACGUGUGGUUCUACAUUUGGCAGAAGCUCUUGAAUAUUGUACAAGUAAAGGCCGUGCUCUUUAUCAUGAUCUCAAUGCAUACAGAAUUUUGUUUGAUGAGGAAGGUAAUCCAAGACUCUCUUGUUUUGGCCUAAUGAAGAACAGUCGUGAUGGGAAAAGUUAUAGCACGAAUCUUGCAUUUACUCCUCCUGAGUAUUUAAGAACAGGAAGAGUGACACCCGAAAGUGUGAUAUAUAGCUUCGGAACUCUUUUGCUUGACCUUCUUAGUGGGAAACAUAUUCCUCCAAGCCAUGCUCUUGACUUGAUAAGGGAUAGGAACCUUCAAAUGCUUACGGAUUCAUGUUUGGAAGGACAAUUUUCAAAUGAUGAUGGAACCGAAUUGGUUCGUUUGGCUUCUCGUUGCUUACAAUAUGAACCCCGAGAACGCCCAAAUCCAAAGUCACUAGUAGCUUCCUUGAUUGUUCUUCAAAAGGAAACCGAUGUUCCAUCUUACGUGUUGAUGGGUAUCCCGGCCACAACUUCAUUCUCACCUCGAUCACCACUUGGUGAAGCUUGCUUGAGAAUGGAUUUGACUGCAAUUCAUGAGAUUUUAGAAACAAUUUCAUAUAAAGAUGACGAAGGACAAACAAACGAGCUCUCGUUUCAAAUGUGGACCGAUCAAAUGCAAGAAUCAUUGAAUUCAAAGAAAAAAGGGGAUAUGGCAUUCCGACACAAGGAUUUCAAGGCCGCAAUAGAGUGUUAUUCUCAGCAUCGAGCUGAUCAGGUUGAAAAGUUGCAGUUGAGCGGUUAUCCAUUGGGGUUUAGAAAGGUUUUGAUAGUGGGUUCAGUUACCUUGGGAAGGCCAUUGAAUUCGGAGAAUGUUAGCAAUACUUUCAGAGUGACGAAUAUAAGUGGCGGUGGAAACACCAAUUAG